AUGGUGAACUCGUUCAGGCCGUCGGUCAUUUCUUUAUGGCUGUUGAUAGUGGUUAGCGGGAGCAAUGCCCAAGUCCUAGCUCCCACUAAUGAUAUCUUAUUCCCGUCGACCCCGACAAACCAAAAUCCCCUGCAAUAUGCCGGCGGAAAUAGCCCUUACUUCGCUGGCCCCAAUGUCUUCGGUAUCGACAGUAGCGUUCCAGAUAAGUGCUCGGUCCAGCAAGCGGCUUAUGUGGUGAGGCACGGCAGCCGCUUCCCAGAUUCUGGCUCCUAUGAAUCAUGGGUUGGUAUCAAGAGAAAGAUCCAAGCUGCCGUCAAUAGCACCGGCUUUGAGGCCCGCGGAUCACUGGCCUUCAUCCCAGAAUGGACUCCAGUUUUGACCAAUCCAAGCCUGCAAAUGUCUCAAGAGUCAAUGACAGGAUGGAAGGAGGCGACCGAUCUGGGCUACCAGCUACGGGCCCGGUAUCCCCACUUCUACGAAGAUGGAACCCCAUUCUAUGCAUGGGCAAAUGCUUACCAGUAUCCGCUGAACGAGUCGAGAGUCGUUCAGACCGCCCGUGCCUUUGUCAAUGGGUACCUCUACGAGUAUGCCGACACCUACGGCACCGUGGUCAGCGUGAACUCGACCGGCUCCAUCAGCGCUAUCGGCAACUCUUUAGGACCCUCUGAUAUGUGUCCUGCAUUUUCCUCAAUCUCUAGCGGGGGAAAUAAUGUUACGGAUUUCGACGCUACCUGGACUCCCAAGGCGCUCGAACGCAUCAACUCCCUCGUCAGUGGUAAUCUCACCUUCGACGAGAGCGAUAUACUCUUCUUCCCCUAUAUGUGCGGCUAUGAAAGUCAGAUAACCGGACGUCUGAGCCCCUGGUGCGGAGUGUUCACCGAGGAUGAGCUACGCAACUACGCUUAUUCGCAGGACUUGAGCUACUACUACAAAGUCGGCCCUGGUUCCGUCGGCCCGUCCAAGGUGCUAUUCUUACCUUUCCUAAACAGCCUGAUGGACCUCUUAAGCAAGGGUCCAGGUCAGAUUGGCAUCGAUGCGGAUGGUGGUAACUUCACCGUUCCCAACCUGAUCAUGGCCUUCCUGAAUGACAAUCAGAUCGCGGAAAUGACCGCUGCCAUGGGCAUCUUCGAUGACGAGCCCUCCUUACCCAUCGACCAGCUCCCCGCCUACCAUCUGUAUAAUGUUGCCAACUGGAUCACUAUGCGGGGCACUGUUGCCUUUGAAGUGUUGAGUUGUGAGGUCGAGUCGCGACGUCGAAUGAACGACAAAACCUAUAUCCGCGUACUGUUCAACGACGCGGUCUACCCCAUUGCCCACUGCCAAAAUGGACCAGGCCGGAGUUGCCUAUUGUCUGAUUAUAUCUCCCUUCUCGGGAAAAAGAGCGAAGCUGCGGGGAGCUUCGAUGAAUAUUGCAAUGUGACGGUGGCAGAUGCCCCUAACCCGGUCGCGGGCGCCAGCUUCUUCACUGACCUGAGCCUCGACUUUUUAACCUUUGUCAAACCGUGA